AUGUCUAAUCGCCGACAUAAGAUAAAAGUCAUGUCAUUGUCAGACUCAAAUGCAAAAACAUCGUUGCCGCCGGCGAAACGGUUUCAAAUCGCAGUGUUUAUACAUCAAAUCGCUAAAUUCUUCGGUUCGUCACAUAAUCCUCAAGAAAAGCCCGAUAAAGCUGAAAACUGUACCGUGCUGCCUUCGAUUUCUGUAACAAAUCCCGACGGACAAACUAUCGUCGUAGAGUAA